UAUUCUAAUCCUCUGCUCUGUGUGUAUGUGUGUGAGGGGGAAAGGGAUAUAAAGAAAAAUAAAAUCCCCAGGAUUUGGUAGGGAAAAACAUUUAUCGGAAGCCAACACAGCUAAAUUGAGAGGCAGAGUUAGAACUCCUACAACAUUCUCAUAGAAGCAGCUUUGUUACCAGCUGUAAAAGACAUCUGCUAUUGAUUUUACAGUUAAGACAAGGUCACACCCUGGACAUGGCCUCAGAGAUCCACAUGCCAUGCCCAGUGUGUCUCAUUGAGAACAUCAAAGGGCGACUGGAAGUUAAUCAGGAAGCUCUGAAGAUCCUGUCUUCCUUCACACGGCCUCUUGCCGUGGUGGCCAUUGUGGGCCUCUACCGCACUGGCAAAUCCUACCUGAUGAACAAGCUGGCGAGGAAGAAAGAGGGCUUCUCAGUUGGAUCCACGGUGCAGUCUCAUACCAAGGGAAUCUGGAUGUGGUGUGUUCCUCAUCCCAAGAAGCCAAACCACACUCUAGUUCUGCUUGACACCGAGGGACUUGGAGAUGUAGAGAAGGGUGACAAGAACAAUGAUACUCACAUCUUUGCACUGGCAAUACUACUGAGCAGUACCUUUGUUUACAACACCAUGAACAAAAUUGACCAGAGGUCUAUCGAUCUAUUGCAUUAUGUAACAGAACUGUCAAAUCUGCUCAAGACAGUAUAUUCACCUGAUCUUGAUGGGGCUGAAGAUGCAGCUGACAUUGUGAGCUUCUACCCAGACUUAGUGUGGAUUCUGAGAGAUUUCUUCCUAUCCCUGGAAGCAGAUGGGCAGCACAUCACAGCAGAUGACUACCUGAAGAACUCCUUGAAGCUGAAGCAAGACACUGAUCAAAGUCAUCAAAAUUUUAAUAUGCCCCGUCUUUGUAUACAAAAAUUCUUUCCAACAAAGAAAUGCUUUGUCUUUGACUCACCCACUCACCGGAAGAAGCUUGCCCAGCUUCAGACACUGCAUAAUGAUGAACUGGAUCCUGACUUUGUGCAACAAGUGGCAGAUUUCUGUUCCUACAUCUUUCACCAUUCCAAGACUAAAACUCUUUCAGGAGGCAUCCAGGUCAAUGGACCUCGUCUAAAAAGCCUGGUGCUUGCCUAUGUCAAUGCCAUCAACAAUGGGAAUUUGCCUCGCAUGGAGAACUCAGUCUUGUCCUUGGCCCAAAUCAAGAACUCAGCAGCAGUACAAAAGGCCAUAGCCCACUAUGACCUGCAGAUGGGCCAGAAGGUGCAGCUGCCCACAGAAACCCUCCAGGAGCUGUUGGACCUGCACAGGGCCAGUGAGAAAGAGGCCAUCGAAGUCUUCAUGAAGAAUUCCUUCAAGGAUGUAGACCAAAGAUUCCAGAAGGAAUUAAAGACCCUGCUAGAAGCAAAACAGGAUGACUUUUGUAAGCAGAACUUGGAGGCAUCAUCAGAGCGUUGCUCAGCUUUACUUCAGGAUAUUUUUGGUCCUCUAGAAGAAGAUGUGAGAAAGGGGAUUUAUGCAAAGCCAGGGGGGCAUCGCCUCUUCAUUCAGAAGACAGAAGAGCUGACGGCAAAGUACUACCGGGAGCCCAGGAAAGGAAUACAGACUGAAGAAGCUCUGCAAAAAUAUUUACAGUCCAAGGAGUCUGUGAGUGAUGCCAUUCUACACGUAGACCAGGCUCUCACCGCAAGGAAAAGGGAGAUGGAAGAAGUACAUUUGAAAGAACAGGCUGCGAACGCUGUAGCACAAAUGUUGCUGCUGAUUCAGAGGUGGAACCAGCGGAUCAUGGAGGAGAGGGAGAGAGAACAUCAGACGCUAUUGAGACAAAUGGAGAAACAGCAUCGGAGGAAAAUGGAAAUAGAGGGAGCCCGGUAUCUGGCACAGCAACAGAGGGAUUUGGAACAUCAGCUCCAGGAAGAGGCUGCACAGCGGAGGGAGAGAGCCGAAGCUGAAAAGAGAAGACUCCAGAGGGAGCUCAAUGCACAGCAGCGAGACGAUUCAUGCAUCUUACUCUAA